AGCUGUAGUGGGGGAGGGGGUCGUCGAAGUUGGCGGAACCGCCAUCUUGAAAAGUACAGUCCGAAGAUCUACCUUUUGGCGCCUGCUAGAAUCACUUUUGAACACAUUAUUUUCCUUUCUGGAAUAUAAUAUUGUUUCCAGAUUCGUACUGGUAAGGUCAAAGGCUAAUGGCGGGAUAAGCUACAUGCUCAAGAUUUGUCGUUUCCAGCUGCCAGUCGGCCUGUCCAGCAUCUGUCCUUCUGCCCAUCCAGCUGGCUCUCCUGGAAUGGGCCACAACUUCCAAAAACUAGGACAAAUCUCUUUUUAACCUGAGCUCCGUAGUCUGGACUCUGAUAUAUUUACAGAUCCACCAUGUUUUGGAAAUUUGACCUCCACACCACAUCCCACAUUGACACACUCCUGGAGAAGGAGGACGUGACCCUGACAGAAGUCAUGGAUGAGGAUGACGUCCUGCAGGAGUGCAAGGCUCAGAACCACAAGCUGGUGGAUUUCCUCCUGAGAGCGCAGUGCAUGGAGGACCUGGUCACCUUCAUCACACAGGAGCCCAAUGCUGAUGUAGAGGAAAAGGUUAAAUACAAGUAUCCCAACAUAUCAUGCGAGCUGCUGACAUCAGAUGUGAGCCAAAUCAAUGACAGACUGGGAGAAGAUGAGAUGUUGCUGAUGAAACUGUAUGGUUUCCUGAAGAACGAACCACCGCUGAACCCCCUCCUAGCCAGUUUUUUCUCCAAAGUGCUGUCUAUUCUUAUAGGACGCAAGCCUGAACAGAUAGUGAAUUUUCUAAGGAAGAGGGAUGACUUUGUUGAUCUGAUGAUAAAACACAUCGGGACGUCUGCCAUCAUGGACCUGCUGCUCAGAAUGCUCACAUGCAUUGAACCCCAGCAGCUACGGCAUGAUGUUCUUAAUUGGCUGAAUGAGGAGAAAGUGAUUCAGAGGUUGGUUGACAUGGUCCAGCCUUCUCAAGAUGAAGAUAGACACUCCAACGCCUCCCAGUCUUUAUGUGAAAUCAUCAGAUUGAGCAGAGACCAGAUGUUUCAGGUCCAGGGCUGCUCUGAGCCCGAUCCUCUUCUGGCUACGCUAGAGAAGCAGGAAACGGUGGAGCAGCUGCUCUCAAAUAUUUUUGAGAAGGACAAAAAUGAGUCUGCUAUAGUUAGUGUCAUCCAGAUCCUGCUCACAUUGUUUGAGACCAGGAGACCAGCGUUCGAGGGUCACAUGGAAUGCCCUCCUGGGAUGUCCCACCCCUCAUUCUCAGUCAACCACAGCAUCCUGGAGGCUGUGAGACCCCGCCUCAAAGAUUUCCACCAGCUGCUGCUCGAACCCCCAAAGAAGAAUGUGCUGAAGACAACGUGGGGGGUCCUGGACCCACCAGUGGGCAACACCAGGCUCAAUGUGGUCAGACUGGUGGCCAGUCUGCUGCAGUGCAACACUCACAGCAUCAUUGCAGAACUCAUAAACCUCAACACGCUGGGAGUCAUAUUGGAUAUGUAUUUCAAAUACAUUUGGAACAACUUCCUCCAUAUUCAGGUGGAAAUCUGCACAGCAAUGAUUCUGGCUAUGCCUCCAGCUCCGGCAGAGCCGCAGCCAGACGGGGAGCAGGGCGGCGCAGCAGAGAGCGCCCUCAUCAGACAUCUGUUUCAAGCCUGUCAGCUGACCCAAAGAAUCGUAGAUGCCUGGCGCUCCAAUGAGAAAGAGCAAUCAGAGGGCGGUCGACGACGAGGUUACAUGGGCCAUCUGACCAGAAUAGCCAAUUCCAUUGUUCAUAACAGUGACAAAGGUCCUAAUGGCCCACAGAUACAGGGGCUCAUCUCUGAGCUUCCCACAGAGGACAGAGAGAACUGGGAGGCCUUCAUUUCUGGGCAGCUUGCUGACACAAACAAAAGAAACACUGUUGACCUGGUGAACACUCAUCACAUCCAUUCUUCCAGCGAUGAUGAGGUAGACUUUAAAGAUGGUGGCUUUCACCAGGAUUCUUCACUUCAACAAGCCUUUUCUGAUUAUCAGAUGCAACAAAUGACGUCCAAUUUUAUUGAGCAGUUCGGCUUCAAUGACGAAGAGUUUGCUGACCAGGAUGAUGUUGUGGAUAUUCCAUUUGAUAGAAUAUCAGACAUCAACUUUUCCCUGAAUACAAAUGAAAGUGCUAAUAUAGCCUUGUUUGAGGCGCGCUGUAAGGAGAAAAUCCAGCAGUUUGAAGAUGCUGGUUCAGAUGAAGAGGACAUCUGGAAUGAAAAAGAUGUCACCUUUGCUCCAGAGGCACAGAGACGUCCGAGGAGUUCAGGCAGCACCGACAGUGAGGAGAGCACAGACUCGGAGGAAGAGGACUCAAAGAGAGAUCCAUUUGAACCCUGUCACCCCGGCUCUGAUGACCGUAUGGAGGUGGACACAGCGCCAGUGUGGACGGCCAGCUUUGACGACGUUCCCAUGGAGACGGGUUCAGGUGCAGCUGCAGCCUCCAGCCCCAGCACCCCUGAUGCAUCCUCUCCUUUGUCUUCUACCACAGCAGCUCCCCCAGAGGCGGCCUGGAACUCGUCUCCUGCCGCAGCAGUGCCCGGCACUGAGACGGGCUGGGCAGACUUCUCCAGCUUCUCUCCCGUCUGUCCCAAAGACCCUCUAAGGUGCAACUCUCCCGUUGCUAUGGAAACCAGCGUGGAAACGAUAGACCCUCUGGGGGUCAAUGCGCCGAUGCGUCCUGACGAAUGUGAUGGUUGGUUGGGCGCUGACGUGGCUCCGCCCUCGUCCUCCUCGUCUAUAGACUGUGGCAGGACGGUGGCGGCGGACGAGUCAUCGUGCUUGGAGCAGCGCAGCAUCACAGAGACGGUCAUCAAUGGCUCCAUGAAGGAAACCGUCAGCCUCACUGUUGAUGCCAAGACUGAGACAGCCGUUUUCAAGAGGUCCGCCUUCCAGGCACACACACAUACACACAACCAUUACAUCUUCUAAUACCUGACUGAAUGGCAGGGAGAACAUUCUCAACAGAAGUUAUUUUGUUGAUGCUUGUCAAACAAGUCCAACAUGUUGCUGACAGAACCUUCCAGAAACACU